GCUAAGCUAUCGGUAAUAAAAAUAAACCACACUCGCGACAUUAACAUUCACGCGAGUAGGACGCUACUGGAUAUUUGAAAAACGGGACGAGAAUGGCUGAAAGGGAUUAUGCUCCGCUAAGUGCGGCUUGUGUGAAAUCGUUAAAUGAUAAACUCUACGAGAAAAGAAAAGCUGCCGCGCAUGAAAUAGAAAAAAUGGUGAAAGACUUUUCUGCACAUAACAAUACAGCUCAGAUUCAAAAGCUUAUUAAAGUACUGGGAAAAGAUUUUGCUGUAUCUCAUAAUCCUCAUACUCGAAAAGGUGGAUUACUUGGACUGGCAGCUUUAGCAGUUGGACUUGGACCUGCGAAUACUGGUAGAUAUGUUGAAGACUUAAUUUUUCCAAUAUUAGCGUGCUUUUCUGACGCAGAUUCUAGAGUAAGAUACUAUGCUUGUGAAAGUCUUUACAAUGUUGUAAAAGUUGCACGAGGUGAUGUUAUACCUGUAUUUGCUGAUAUUUUUGGAUCUCUCAGCCAACUAAGCUGUGAUACUGAACAAAGUGUAAAAACUGCAACUGAAUUGUUAGACAGAUUACUGAAGGAUAUUGUAACUGAAAGUGAUAGAUUUGAUAUAGUGGUAGCAGGAUUUAUACCACUGUUGAGAGAAAGAAUUUACACAAAAAAUUCGUUUGCAAGACAGUUUAUAUUAUCCUGGAUAUCUGUAUUAGAUGCUGUACCUGAUGUUGAUCUUAUUGUAUUUUUACCAGAUAUUUUGGAUGGUUUAUUUAAAGUUCUUGAAGAUCCAACACCAGAAAUUAAAAAGCAAGCUGACACAGUAUUUGCUGAGUUUCUUCACAGUAUUCGAGCAAAUCCAUCCAGAGUACAUUUUGCAGAUAUGAUAAAUAUACUGAUAUUGCAUGCUCAGAGUUCAGAUGCCUUGUUACAAUUAACAGCAAUCACAUGGAUAGAUGAGUUUAUACGACUAUCAGGGCAGAUUCUUUUACCAUACACAUCUGGUAUUUUCACAGCCAUUUUGCCUUGUUUAUCUUACGAUGGAGAUACUAAUAAAAUAAUAAAGGAAACUGCUUCACGUGUAAAUAACAGUUUAUUCAAACUGAUAAUAUCAAAAAGCAUGGAAAGUUCUGUUGCAGAAAGUUUGGAUCUUUCCAGUAUUGUUGAAGUUUUGACAAAACAUUUACAAUUGCAAACAAUACCUGUUCAAACAAAAGUGGCAGUAUUAAGAUGGAUAUACCACUUGUUGCAACAUUUACCUGAUAAGAUGUAUCUUCAUGUCGAAGAAUUGUUUCCUGUGCUUAUGAAAACCUUGAGUGAUAGCUCAGAAGAAGUUGUUCAACAAACAUUGGUUGUUAUGGCUGAAUUGAUCAGUUCAAAAGGUGAAAUGCCAACACAGAACAAGUACUUUACAAAGUUCAUGGUGAAUCUAUUAAGAUUAUUUGCUGAUGACAGGCAUCUUUUGGAAGACAGAGGUUCAUUUAUCAUAAGAGAAUUAUGUGUAUUGUUGAAUCCAGAACAAAUUUUUAAAGUCAUGGCAGAUAUUUUGAGAGAAGAACAGAAUUAUAGAUUUGCUGGUGUUAUGGUACAAACUCUUAGCUUUAUUAUACUUACAAGCUCAGAACUUUUCGAAUUGAGAAAUAAGUUGAAAGAUUUAAGAACUGAAGAAAGCGUUGAAGUAUUUGUUAGUUUAUAUAAACCGUGGUGCCAUAACCCGGUAGCUACUGUGGCCUUGUGCUUACUGACUCAAAACUAUGAUCAUGCUUGCGAGCUUGUUAAAUAUUUCGGAAAUAUUGAAGUUACCGUUGAGUUUUUAGUAGAAAUCGACAAACUUAUCCAGCUGAUCGAGUCACCGAUUUUUACUUAUUUACGGCUAGAAUUACUAGAGAUAGAAAGAAACGAGUCGUUAGUGCGUACGCUAUAUGGCCUCCUCAUGAUACUCCCGCAGAGCGAAGCUUUUUCCGUGCUGUUACGCAGAUUGACAGCCAUCCCUCCAAGUUCUAUGAGCGCACUUUCGUUGCAAAAUGAAAAAAAGAAAUCUCCGAAAAAGGUCAUUGUACUAGAAUCGACGAGAGACAAAAUUAAUUUUAACGAGUUAUUUGACUACUUUGUGGAUGUUCAAAAUAAGCAUAGAGAGCAAAAGCAAAAGCAAAAGUAUGCUUUAUUAACGGAAACGAAGGAAGCAACAAGCAACAAUGAUUAAAAUAUUUUUUUAUUGCUAAUUGUGUAUUAUAAUGCUGAAAAAUGCUAAUCUUUUAUACUAAUCAAUCGACUAUU